UAUGACUGUAGAGCGCUCGUGUGACUGGAUCUUAUAGCUGAGCAGGAAUGUUCUGCCCUGUCGGGCCCGUGUGUGAGAAUUACCCAAGCCCAGCGGUCCAGAGGACGUGUCUCUGAGGAGGAAACCGCGUGAACUGAGCUCGGGAAGAAGAGCCCGGCCCUGAGAGCGGACUAAUCUGAAGAGGGAGGCUUUUGUUUCAGCGCAGAUCUGCUGAGACUGACUGUCAGUCGGGCACCAGCACAGAGAGACAGACGGACGCACUGACGGACAGCGGGGCGAGCCAAGAUGGAGUGCCAGUGGAAGCCAGACGAGCAGGGGCUUCAGCAGAUCCUACAGCUUCUCAAGGAGUCCCAGUCUCCCGACACGGGCACGCAGAGAUCCGUCCAACAAAAACUUGAACAGCUCAAUCAAUUUCCAGACUUCAACAAUUACUUGAUAUUCGUGCUCACAAAGCUCAAGUCAGAAGAUGAGCCCACUCGUUCCCUCAGUGGGUUAAUCUUGAAGAACAACGUAAAAGCUCAUUACCAGAACUUUCCUAAUGGAGUCUCUGACUUUAUCAAAAACGAGUGCUUGCAGAACAUUGGAGACUCUUCACCUCUUAUCAGAGCCACUGUGGGUAUACUCAUCACUACAAUAGCCUCUAAAGGAGAGUUACAGAACUGGCCAGAGCUUUUACCUAAACUCUGUUUGCUGCUGGAUUCAGAGGAUUACAACACAUGUGAAGGAGCUUUUGGAGCUCUGCAGAAGAUCUGUGAGGAUUCGGCUGAAAUUCUGGACAGUGACGUGCUCGACCGACCUCUGAAUGUAAUGAUACCAAAAUUUCUACAGUUCUUCAAGCACAGUAGCCCUAAAAUCAGAUCUCAUGCCAUUGCUUGUGUGAAUCAGUUUAUCAUCAGCAGAACACAGGCCCUGAUGCUGCACAUAGAUCCAUUCAUUGAAAACCUGUUUGCACUGGCAGGGGACGAGGAGCCAGAGGUCAGGAAGAAUGUAUGCAGGGCUCUGGUCAUGCUGCUGGAGGUCCGCAUGGACCGCCUCCUCCCCCACAUGCACAACAUUACAGAGUACAUGCUGCAGCGGACGCAGGACCAGGAUGAGAAUGUUGCACUGGAAGCCUGUGAGUUCUGGCUCACGCUGGCAGAGCAGCCUGUUUGUAAAGAAGUGCUUUCUGGACACCUGUCCAAGUUAGCCCCAGUUUUGGUAAAUGGAAUGAAAUACUCUGAAAUCGACAUCAUUCUUCUGAAGGGUGAUGUGGAGGAAGAUGAAGCAGUUCCAGACAGUGAGCAGGACAUUCGGCCUAGAUUCCACCGCUCACGUACGGUUGCUCAACAGCACGAGGGUGGGGACGGCAUUGAAGAUGAAGAAGACAACGAUGAGGACGAUCUGGAUGACGACGACACAAUCUCAGACUGGAACUUGCGAAAAUGCUCCGCUGCAGCUUUGGAUGUUCUGGCAAAUGUUUUCAGAGAUGACCUGCUGCUACACCUUCUUCCACUGUUGAAAGAACUGCUUUUCCACCCAGACUGGGUCAUCAAAGAAUCUGGCAUACUGGUGCUUGGAGCCAUUGCUGAAGGCUGUAUGCAGGGUAUGAUUCCUUACCUACCCGAGCUGAUUCCUCACCUGGUGCAGUGUCUGUCCGAUAAAAAGGCUCUGGUCCGCUCAAUCACCUGCUGGACUCUAAGCCGCUACGCACACUGGGUGGUGAGCCAGCCUGCCGAUGCCUACCUCAAGCCCCUCAUGACUGAGCUGCUCAAACGCAUACUGGACAGCAACAAGCGUGUUCAAGAGGCAGCAUGCAGUGCCUUUGCUACUCUGGAGGAGGAGGCAUGUACAGAGUUGGUGCCCUAUCUGGCCUUCAUUCUGGACACCUUGGUCUUUGCCUUUAGUAAAUACCAGCACAAGAACCUGCUCAUCCUAUAUGAUGCCAUCGGCACACUGGCAGAUUCUGUAGGCCUCCAUCUUAAUAAACCGGAAUAUAUUCAGAUGCUGAUGCCACCAUUGAUUCAGAAGUGGAACCAGCUGAAAGAUGAAGAUAAAGACCUUUUCCCUCUCCUGGAGUGCCUGUCAUCUGUGGCUACAGCCCUGCAGAGCGGCUUCCUGCCAUACUGUGAACCGGUCUACCAGCGGUGUGUUAACUUGGUCCAGAAAACCCUUGCGCAAGCCAUGCUCCACCAGUCCCAGCCUGAUGUCUAUGAAGCUCCUGAUAAAGAUUUCAUGAUUGUUGCUCUGGAUUUGCUCAGUGGACUAGCUGAAGGUCUCGGGGGCAAUAUUGAACAGUUGGUGGCUCGGAGCAACAUCCUCACCCUCAUGUAUCAGUGCAUGCAGGAUAAAAUGCCAGAGGUACGACAGAGUUCUUUUGCUCUCUUGGGAGAUCUCACUAAAGCCUGUUUUCAACAUGUCAAACCAUGCAUUGCGGAUUUCAUGCCUAUUUUAGGCACAAACCUGAACCCAGAACUAAUAUCUGUGUGCAACAAUGCAACCUGGGCCAUCGGGGAAAUCUCUAUUCAAAUGGGCUCUGAGAUGCAGCCCUAUGUGUCCAUGGUCUUACACCAACUGAUAGAGAUCAUUAACAGACCCAACACACCCAAGACUCUGCUGGAGAAUACAGCAAUAACAAUUGGUCGUCUUGGUUACGUUUGUCCUCAAGAGGUGGCACCCAUGCUACAGCAGUUUAUAAGACCCUGGUGCACCUCGCUGCGCAAUAUAAGAGACAAUGAAGAGAAAGACUCUGCCUUCAGGGGAAUCUGCACCAUGAUCACUGUCAACCCUGGAGGUGUGGUGCAGGACUUUAUAUUUUUCUGUGAUGCUGUUGCAUCAUGGGUGAACCCUAAAGAGGAUCUACGAGACAUGUUCUAUAAGAUCCUACAUGGGUUUAAGAACCAGGUGGGAGAAGAGAAUUGGAGGCGUUUCUCAGAUCAGUUCCCCCUCCCUCUUAAGGAGCGGCUUACAGCCUUCUAUGGAGUCUAAUCACUCCUAGAGAAACUGGCCCGAUAUAAGAGGUGAUCAUGGAAAAUAAUGGGAGCCUCAAAUCCCCAGGGAACAUGUUGCCCUUUAUAGGGGGAGGGUGGUCUGGCUGGGACAGGGUAUCUGGACCCCUAAGUCCCUCUAGAUGGGGUGGGAGGGUGGAGUUUGCUGCGGCUCAGCUCAAGAACUACAACAUCAAGAAAGAGAAAACCUUUAAAAGCCCAGCUAACUAAACUAGAGAGGAAAACAUUUUCAGAAACAACUUGUACUGUUAGAGCUCAUUUUUCUUUUUAUUUUGUUCAUCUUAAACCUAGACAGGAUAUUAAGGGGAUAAACAACAUAAGUCACUGUAACAGGGCUUGACUGAAUUUAGGAAAAUGCCAGAAGACAAUUCUGUACACUGAAAAACUAUACCAAAACUGGAUCCACCCACUCAGCACUGGGUUAACGCGUUCAGUACUGGAUCAGGUGGACGUUAGAAGCUAGGAACAGGACUACGCAUGAGAUGUUACAAGGUAAAAUGUCACUGCCUGAAAGUGCAGUGCAGUCAGUGGUUUUGUUUUCUUUACACUGCACAGCAGUAGAUGGAUAAACUGAUGAAGUUGAUGCUGAGUUUAAAGGUAUGCUGUCUGAUUAGAUUACUGUUUCAUGAUGUAACUGUAGAAAUGUGAGGGUCCACAAACCAUUUGUAACAAGUACAGAAGUGCUUUUUGUUUGUGAUUUUUAAAAAAGUGAUUUGUCUUAAACCGUUCUUUACUUUACGCAUGCAUAAGGUGAAGGAGCAGGUGAAGGACAUACUGAGGUACAUCAGAGCACAGUGACUUACUGCAUCUGUUUAGCGCUUUAAAUUGUUAUUUUAUUUUUUUUUUUUUAGAUAUUUUUUCCCUCAUGUGAAUUUGUGACCAUGGUCUCUGAUAUCAAUUACGAGGUUUUUCCUGAACUAAUCACUGAUCUAUCAACACUGAACCCAAGAAUUGUUCUUGUUUGGCAUUUUCUCAGUGGCUCCUCUUUUUGGCUUAGUUUACCAAAAGCAUGAUUUUGCAAAUGCUUGUAUUGACAUUUUUGACUGACUAGAAUAAGAUGGGUACUUAAGUGUUUGAUUCAUGCAUGUUGGUGGCCCUUUAAGCAGUUUUCUGUUGCUACUUCCCCUGUUCCCCUCUUACUUGACAUUUUACUGCAGUGUCAUCUGUAUUUUUGCUUUGUUUGAUUAUUUUAAUGAGUGUCAACUCCCGUUUGAAGUAAACAAGAAAACUGAAAAUUGUCCUGUAUUAAAAAUCAAUUUUUGUUUGUCUGUGUCUUGCAUACAAUGUUGCAAGUCUUAAAAUUGCCUGAAUGUAUCCCUAGGCAUAAAGAAAGCAUUUGGGAAGAUUUGGCUAGAACAGAGGCCUUUAACUCUAGACCUUGAAUCCAGUUUCUUUUGCUUGACGGCAAUGUUAAAAAAGCAUUAUAAUAGAAUGUGCUUUUUUGGGUCCUGGUCUCCCCCUGCAGCUGGGAAGCGUAGGGUUGUUUGUUCUUUUAAUAGUGCUUUGUGCUACUACUAAAAAACAUGCUUUACACAUGCAUUUCUGGAAAUAAAUAAAUGAAAUAAAUGUGGUUGGCCUGAGGCAGUAAAGUAAUAUUAAAGAUUUAGCACUUAUGACUCAGGUUAUGCAGAUUUACACCGUUCUCUAAAGCACUGUCCUGCCCAGUUACCCAGAAAUACAGGAAUACAAUUUCAGUUGUGCCAAGCCUGAUGUAGCAAUGAGAGCAGCCUUACUCUCCCUCUUACAGGUCAGCUAACAGCUGAUUUUAAGGUAAAAUACUAUUUAAAGCUGCUUUAAAUAAAUAAUGGUGGUCACUGAUUGACCAUCUAGUUUCAUCUAGGUUACUUAAUAUAAAUUUGAUAAAAAUCCAGGAAUGGAAACUGUAUUCAAAGUCCAGAUUUGAAGGCAGCUGGAACAUGGCUUCUGAAGAUCACUUUAGGCAGAGAUAUUAACUGUAAUAGCUCUGCAGGUCAGAGCAAUCAGCAGCAGUACUUCUUAUUUUGGCAAUCUUCUGCACUUGGAAGACUGUAUAAAAAGCAAGAAUGAUUUAUGUUUAGUAUUAGCUACUAAAAGAUGUUUCUACAAACCAAAUGUAUAUUUUCUGAAAUAUAAGCAAAACUUUUACCCCGUUCAAUUAUAAACAAAGUGCGUUAGAAAAAAGGUGUUUUAGAAACACAUUAAUAGUUCAUCAUGUUUAAAAUUGCUAAUGAAGGUGACCGGUUUUAUGUGCCAUCUGAAGAAAAAAACACCACGGGAUAUGAUCAGGCUUUUUCGACUUAUUUGAUGUGAUUUAAGAUGUUUGUUUGGUAGGAUUGUUUAAGAUUGUUAAAAGUCUGUCUGUCACAUUCCAGCAAAGAGUAUGAAAGGCUUGGCUUUAUUCAGUGCUGGUGCUUCGAUCCCACUGAAAAAUGACAAUGUUGAAAAAACUGAAUGCUGUUAGUGUGUUGUCUUAAAUAUACGAACGCUGCUAUGUGAUGUUUUCUACUUGAAUAUUUUAUGUUGUAGAAUCCUCAGGAGGCAUGUUUACCAUUUGUAUUUUGUUUCAGUUUUGUUUAAUUGUUUUAAUAUAUGCCUUUUUUCCAGCCCAUCCCCCAACUCUGAGUAACACUGCAAACUGCUCUCACUGAUCAGUAGAGAUUGAUUGUUAUGAGAGAGAUGGUAGAUUGAGUAUCAUUGUAAACACUCCAUCUAUCAGCUGAGAAUCUGCAGCACUAAAUCCAUCAGGCAUUGACUAAUUUUCCACUAUUUGCCAAUGGAAAGUUUUACAGUUUAUUGGGGGGGUAAAAAAGGAAAUUAAAGAAAGAAACAGGCACACGUUAACAAUAGGUGAGCACGUGUUGGAAGCUUUGUCCACUUUAACGUAAAGCAAUUCAGAGCUGUUUUAGUGAAAUAACAGGGUGGUAGAGAAACUGGCACAAUAGUAUGUGAAUAGUAGCAACUUGUGCUAAUGAAAUUUAAGUGCAGUAUUUACUGUGAUGCCUUGCAAUUAGACUUGAUACCUGUGGGGGAAUCUGUUCUGCUAGGAGACAGAGAUUGCACAAUAUUAAAUACUUACGAUAUUAUUACUUUUUUUGUUUUUGUAAGUACUAUUUAAAAUGUGUCACUUUAGCACUGCACCAACUACUGUAUUAUGCUCUGUUAGGGGAGAUAAUAGUUAAGGAAUAAUGUAAUAACCAUGUAAAUCCUUUUUGCUCAUUAGCUCCCAUUGCUCUUAUAUGAGAAUUGUUUUUUUUUUUUAGUUUUUAUUUCGUCUUUGGCAAGCUGCUCAAUUUCAGAGAUGGAAAUAUCGAAGGUAAUAAUUUUUUUGGGGGCCACCAAAUAUUUUGGAUCAUGCAAAUAAUCUAUAUUGUAGUAAUUUUGUAAUGACGUUUGUAUGACCUUGUGAUGGAUGUGAGUUUGUAUCACUGCUUGGAUCUGUACAUUGUUGAAAAUAAACCGUUUUCAUAAACUGUU